GUGAGGAAUGAUGUUUUUCAAGAUUUUAUCUCCUUUGAUAAUAUUAGGCCUUGUGGUUAUAGAAGUCAGUUCCAGGCACAGAAUAGUAGGUGGAGUUGAUGCUAAUAUCAAUGAUUACCCUUACCAAAUUGGUCUACUGUAUAGAAAUACUCAGAUUUGUGGAGGUGCAAUAGUUAGUAAUAAACAUGUUGUAACAGCUGGCCAUUGUAUUUAUGGUAAAAGUACAUCACUUCUAUCAGUACGUGUUGGAUCCUCCUUUAGAUCUUCGAAAGGUCAAAUUCAUGAUGUGAAGACAGUGCAUUGUCAUCACAAUUAUAACCCAGAAACCUAUGACUAUGAUAUCAGCAUAUUGGAACUAAAGACUCCGUUGAAUUUUACUAAUAGCAUUCGUGCUGUAUCUUUGGCAUCAUCAGGUACUAUUAUUAGUGACGGGUUAGUUGGAAUAGCUACUGGUUAUGGAAGAUUAUCUCAAAAUAGUAAAGCUUCAGAGAUGCUAAAAGCGGUUCAGUUGCCUAUUAUAUCUACCAAUACUUGCAAAAAAUAUUAUGAUGUUACGAAAAGAAUGUUUUGUGCCGGUUACGAUGAAGGAGGAAAAGAUACAUGUGAGGGAGAUUCAGGUGGACCUUUAGUAGUUUCUGGGAUUCUGAUUGGUAUAACUUCUUGGGGAUACGAGUGUGCUAAAGCCAAAAGCCCAGGAGUAUAUUCCAGUAUUCCUGUAUUAAGAGGAUAUAUAAAUUCAAUAAUAAACUAAAAAUACAAUAAAAUAUAUUAAUUACCGC